CUUCCGUCGCACCUCUCGCGUUCCCACAGUGCUCCACGACAGCCAGUAUGGAGGCCGGCAGGACAGCGGUGCUCCGAGUGAAGCGGAAGCGCAGCGCAGAACCAGCUGAGGCACUUGUCCUCGCUUGUAAACGCCUCCGCUCCAGCGCAGUUGAGUCGGGAGUCCAAAAGACGCCUCCGGAUGGUCUGGAGAGUGCAGCAGAAAAUAAUGUCUUCCAGUUGGUGGCCACUUUGCGCUCCCAGGAGGAGCCAGUCCAGCCUCUCCUGCGGGCGGCCCUGCGCCCAUCCCAGAGCAGCCAGCAGCGCAUCCGCAGUCAUCUCCGCGCGUCUGCUCAGGAGAUGCGGCAGGAGGGCCGCUACAGAGUAGUCUCUAGCCACCGAUCUUCGGGGAUUCCCUCGGGUGGCUUGGAAUCCGAAGACGCGCCGGGAAGCCCAGAGGCCACGGCUGAGGACGCAGGCUUCCAGCUGUUGGACCUGGUCCGUGAGGAAGAAGACCCAGAAGCCGCGAACGCCACAAUCUCCCGCAAAACAUCUGACCCAGAUGUGAUCCUCUGCAAUUCUGUGGAAUUGAUCCGUGAGCGGUUGACUAUAUCAGAAGAUGGACCAAAAGUUGAGCACCAGGAGGAACAGAAGGAUGACUAUGUGUAUGACAUUUACUAUUUGGACAUGGCCACUCCAGGAUGGAUUGAGAACAUCCUCUCUGUCCAGCCCUACAGCCAGGAGUGGGAGUUGGUGAAUGAUGACCAACAACCAGAGGACAUUUAUGAAGAUGAAGAUGACGAAAACAGUGAAAAUAAUUGGCGCAAUGAGUAUCCGGAGGAGGAAAACAGUGAUGGAGAUGAAGAUUCUAGAGGUUCUGAUGAUUACAACAGCCUCAGUGAAGAAGAAAGAGACAACAGCAGCCCACAGAGAUGGAGCAAAUACCCUUUGGAUGUGCAGAAGGAGUUUGGCUACGAUGGCCCCCAUGACCUGGAUUCAGACUGAUGAUCUUGUGAUAGCCAUGAGGUUCUACCACAAGCCCUUGAGGGUUCUGUGACUGCAGCGUCAGCCACACUAGUAACAUCCUCUCGGGUUUCCUGGCUUACCUUGUGGAAGGACAAAGCAUAUCCAACAGCACCAUUCCACCGUGGUGAAAACUUGCACUAAGGGAGUGUGUCUUUUCUACUAACUGUAGCGCCCCUUGUCUCAAUCAAGUGAUCCUACAGCCCAGGAGGAAAUGCUAUGCAAGUGAAGCUUCCUGGCCCAGGCAUUUUCCUGGCAUUCCCAUUCUCCUCCUACCCUGAAGCCAGUAAGUGGAAUAGAGUCUCCUGUUUUAUCAGCACUAAGACAGGGCUUUCCCAGGCGACCUGCCUCCAGUAAAAGCCUGCUCCUUUUGAUAGACUUUGGAAGGGCUUUAGUAGGUCUCUUGUAGCAGCACAAACUAGAUAGCAAUGGUCAUUAGGAAAGGAAUUAGGAUCCACGUGAGGUAUGAGAGGCUUUAGUUAAUGGCUAUCUCUACCUCCCUGCUUCCUGACUCUGACAAUGGUUGUAAAGAUUGCUGUUUUCCUCUGGCAACAAUGCCAAGGAACAGUAUGUAUGAAUGUCUUUAAUAAAAACUAACUUUGAACACAGGAGCAAGUAGUUCCUUUAAAACUUUAAAAUCUAUCUUAGGUAUUUUCCCACCAUAGUCCCUGCUCUCCCAGCUUCUGCCCACCCAGAGGGGUGAGGGGCUGGUGAUAAGUUUCAGGCACUAAAGACUUAAGGCAAAUGAGGAAAAGUAAAGCACGUCCUAAACUUGGCUUUCCAUUGAGAAAUGUUUAUUCGCGGCACUCACUGAAAACAAACUACCAUCAACAAGACCAAUUUUGUUACCAAAGCUGGUAUCUCUUGUAAGCAAACUCUGUCCCCUCCUCCUCUCCAAACCACCAAUGCCUUAACUCUUACUUGAAUUGGCAUUUAUUCUGCAAUGACAAACAUGUUCUAUAUCUGCACUGCGAAAGAGCCAUUAGCUACAUACGGCUCUUGAAUAUUUAAAAUGUGAUUAGUGCAACUGAGGAACUGAAUUUUUUUUUUCUCAAUUUUUUAUUUUAUUUAACUUUAACUUAACUAGCUACAUGUGACUAGUAGCUACCACUCUGGAUAGCACAGGCCUAGGGAAACAAUACUAGAACUUUUGAUUCAUCAAAGUGUGCCCCUUUUCCCAGAAGCAUGGACUUAUUAUCACACGGGAAAAUAAAUUAUACAGAGAGCUGUCUUCCUGCCAUUCUAAGAUUUCAUAAGCAUCUCUACUUUUCUAUCCUACCUCCACCCAUCUCACUUUAUGUUUUUUAUAUGUCUCUAUAUUUUUAUCUACAUAGUUGUUAAACCACCCAAAGUGAUUAAUUUCUAUUUGUGCAUAUACUCAGGCCCUACUACUGUAGUUAUAAAGCCAUCAAACAGACCUGGUUUCCCAUCCUAGCUAUCCGCUAAGGUGCAGUUCCAUGUUGCAAGUAAUGAGCAGCAACUUACACAUCUAAUAGCUAUCUCUGUCUCCUGUGAGCAAAGAAACAAAGGAUUGAAAACCACUCUGCCAUUAUAAUGUGCUCACUUGCUGUUUAUGUACUCAAUAAAGUUUGCCAACAUUAAA